UAGUUCAGAUGACUCACUGAAGCUAGACAGGCAAAGUGUGUGGCUCUGGCAACUAUGCAAACUCAAUUUCAGGAUGGAGGGCGGCCUAGCUAGUAUUUCUUUACUAGCUGCCCUUAUCGCAAAAUCAUUAAAACUGUAAUUUUGUCGCUGAAAAGGUGCACGUAGCAACGGAAGAGCGGCAGUUUCAACGAACUUUAUUCAAAACCAAGGCGCGCGUCGAAAGGUUCAAAAACCGCUGCCUCCAAAGCAGCGGCAACUCCUCCCAAGCGACACCGCGGCCCAGCCGCUCCUCCUGACAGGGAGCCUCCUCCCUUCUCCCCCGAAGCCAUCGCUCCGUGCCGCGUGUCUCUAAUUCCUCUUGGAAAGGCUUCGCGGGAUCUCCGAAAGGGCAUCUGUGCUACGGGAUAGCCCGUAGGUUGCUCACGAAGUAAUGGAGCGUCUGACAUUUGACUCCGGGGCUGCCGCGGCCAUAGACGACUACUUGGAAUAUAGGCGAAUUGUAGGAGAAGAUGAUGGUGGGAAACUGUUUACCCCGGAAGAAUAUGAACAAUAUAAGAAACAAGUAUUACCAAUUCGGUUGCAAAAUAGAUUAUAUGUGAGCUGGAGAUCACCAACCGGCAUUGACUGUAAACUCGUGGGUCCAGAAACACCAUGCUUUUGUUCUCAUAGAUAUAAACAACACAGAACAGAUUUUGAAGUGAUUCCAAAAGAACGUCCUAUUUCUCUACCUUGUAGAGUGAACCGGUGCGCAUGCAAAUCUUAUAAUUUUGUUCCUCUUAAUGGUACUCAGCCCAUCCGCUGUAGAUGUAAGCACUUUGCAGAUCAGCAUAGUCCAGCAACUGGAUUUCUAUGCAAUAUGUGUUCCAAAUGUGCAGGGUUUCACAGUUGCUUUACUUGUGGAUGUGGCCACCCAGCAUAUUCUCAUGAAACUAUAGUGGAAACAAAAGAGGAACGUUUAGCCCAAGGAAAGCCAGUUGGGCAUGAUGUCCCUUAUGCUGCAAUGGGGGGACUAACAGGUUUUAGUUCCUUAGCAGAAGGCUACAUGAGACUUGAUGAUAGUGGAAUAGGAGCACCUUCUUCUCAAUUCUUAGAAGCUCCUGUAACCAACAUGGAUAAUCCAUUUUUAAAAGCAUUCCAAGGUCCAUCCAGUUCUAUGCAAUUAACAGAUGGAAGUACAAGUACAACAAUGCAAGUUUCCAGUUUAAGGAGAUCUGAAGAAGAUGAUAUGGCCUAUUUUGAAAGACAAUAUCAGGCACGGUUGAAGCAAGAGAAGGCGAGGGAUCAGAAAGGCAAAAGUCCUAUGCCAACAAAGACCCAACAUCAUCAAUAAUAUAUUUGGGUUUCAUUGUAAUUUAUCAGCAUCUCUGUCCCUAUCUAUCUGUCUGUUUAUCUAUUUGCAGUGAUUAUAGUACAAUAUGUUUAUUUUUCUAUGCCAAUUUUGUUGUUUGAUAAUACAGGCAUUGUAUGAUACAGGCAUUCAGGCAUUGAAGCAAAAUAAUGCUAUCCAUUUAAUUCUGCAUACUUGAAAAUCAGUAAUGGAAAAAAUUCAGGUUUCGUGACAGAAAACUAUUAUAUGAACAUUGAGAAUUACUUUUUCAGAUUAUUUUAUUAUUGUUAAAGAUUUGCAUUUUAUUUGUUUUCUGUAUUUCCAGAUUUGAAAAUGUUGAUAAUAAAGAAAAACAAAUAAUCAUUA